AUGCGUUUUGUUUAUUUAAGCAGGCGUGGGUUAUUUAUCCCGGUCGUUAUUCGUGAAGUCCCCUUCUUCGAUUCUGGCUCCUCUCGAGUAUCCUCUGUAAUUUUCUUGUACUUCAUGGGAAGUUUCGAACAAUUUAAGGGAAGCGGUGCUGUUAUGGAUCAAAGUAUGGAGGAAAGUGGGGGUACUCAGCCCAGAGUUCAGUGGAAGCAAAUGGGGUAUGAAGAGAAGUCCGCGGCGGUUCAUGAAGAAAUGAAAAGAAUGAAUCGGCUUCCUGCGACUAGUACUUAUGUUACUCACCGCUUGCGGGUUCUUAAUAAAAUUCUUCAACUUUUGUCCAUUCAGGUAAUCAAAUUUUUGCUGGCUUGGAUUUGCUCUUCAUUUUUGUGGUAUCAAUGCUUAAGGAGUAACAUUGACUUGGGAAGUUGCAUGGGAGUUUGGUUGAGGAUUUGAUGCUUAAUGCUUUUUUUUUUUUUUUGG